GAUGAUGGCAUAUAUUAAGGAGCCGAAAUACUCAUGCGAACCCUAAUCUUUACACUUCCUCUUUCCUUCCCUACUCUCUUUCUCCUCUCACCAGCUCGUCACCAGCCAACCGCCGUCAAGACAAGAAAUUUUUCCUGGCUGUCGAACUUUUCUGUUGGUUAAAUAGUCUGAGGACAUGAGAUUCUCAGCUCCUCACCAGCCGGCCGCUGCCAAGAUGAGCUAUCUCAAAUGAAAUAACAAUUCACCCACAAAAGAUGCAGCAUGUUGCAUUCAUAACAUCAUUCGAUACUAGAGUACAUCUUUGGAGAUGGUAGGGUUUAUUUGUGAUCCUUCGUCUGAAGAAGAUCUUAAUCAAGCUUCAAAUAACAAAGGUUUCAAGGAUCCAUUUGACACUCUAGACACCAAAAUCAACGAUUCAUCCUUUGCUGAUUCAUUUCUUGAUUUUGACUCCAUAAAGGACUGGUUUGAGGAUAACCCUAAUCCGGAUAAGACUGGCUUAGAGGAUUCUGAUUUUGGGCUUAUGGAAAUUGGUAAAGAAGAUUGCGGGGGGAAAAGGUAUGCUGGGUCUGAGUCAGUUGAAGGUGGGUUAGGUUGCGAGCUGAACGUGAAGGUGGAGGCAGAGGAGCAGAAAGGUGAGGCAGAUUUCAGUUGCUGUAUUGAGGAGGGGAUGGGAAAGGUUAGUUUGGUUGGUGGUUCAGGGAAUUCUCUUAGUGUUGAUGUGGACCAUGGGAAGGGUGAGAAUGCAGAUGUAGAGGAUGAAAGUGUGAGUAGUAGUUCAGAGGAGACUGAGAGUGAAAGCUCAACUUCUAGUAGUAGUAGUGAUGAUGAUGAUGAAGGGGAAGAGGAAGAGGAACUUAAAACAGAGAUGAAAAGAGAGCUAGAUGAAACAAGGGAGCUUGAAGAAGGUGAGAUAAGGGAGGUUGGUGGAACUGGCUCUAGCAUUGAUCAUGAUGAUUAUGUUGAGGAUGAUGAUGAGGCUGUUAUUGAAUAUAAUGAUCCAGAUGAUGAGGAUGAUGACAGCAAUGCUCUAAGGGGUCCAAUUAGGUCAAAGAAUGAGGUUCAGGAUCUCCCUCCAGUUCCUCCUGUUGAUGUUAGUCUUCUACCUCAUCAUGAAAUGCUGCCAGUUGGAGUUAUUUUGACGAUUGUUGAUGCAAAAGUUAUUGUAGAAGGGAGUGAGAAGCAUAAUCCACUGCAUGAGGGUUCUGUCCUUUGGAUAACUGAUAAGAGACAGCCACUAGGGCUAGUGGAUGAAAUCUUUGGACCUGUUAAAAACCCGUAUUAUGUGGUAAGAUACAACUCAGAAAGCGAGGUACCUGCAGGAAUCCAUGAAGGCAAUUUGAUAUCAUUUGUACCAGAAUUUGCUAGUCAUGUUCUAAAUGAUAAGAAUCUUUACAGAAAAGGUUAUGACGCAUCUGGUGAGCAUGAUGAAGAGGUUUCAGAUGAUGGAGAAUUUUCAGAUGAUGAGAAAGAGGCUGAGUAUAAGAGGAUGCAAAAAAUGGAAAAGAGGGGCAUGAGUGACCAGAGACAUGAAAAUAGGAAGGGUAAUAAAAAGAAAAUAAAAAACAGGGAUGGGGCAUGGAAAAAUGGUAGACAUACAGCCAUUGUGCAGGCACAAUCUGUGGAAUGUCAGAAACCACCCAAUCAGAAUAGACAUAAUCUCCCCCCUGUUGCAGUAUCACUUGGUAAUCCUAAUUGUUCAUCUUCUGUCACAGGACCAAGUUUUGUUAGUGGGCCUGGCUUCAUUCCACCAUUCUCAGUAAUGCCACAGUCUGCCAGUUUAGCCACACCUUCAAAUGGAGUUUGGUCAGAUGGUAUUCAAUGUCAGCAACCACAAAAUAGCAUCUUUCCGAAUGGAUUUCCAGCUGGUCUGCCAUGGCUCAUGCAAAACCAGCAACAGUCACCAUUUCCAAUGCCUUUGCUAACUCCAGUGCCUAUGCCAAUGCCAGCAUCAAUGUUGUAUCAACAGCAGCAGUUCCAUCCUAGUCAGAAUAUGCUUCCCAAUAUGGUCUUGCCUGGUGGUCAGUCGAAUUUGUUAGCAGGGCCCUCAUAUGGUCAGUCGAAUUUGUUAGCAGGGCCAUCAUUUGCACCUUGGCUGGAAAUUUCGUGUCAAAAUGGAUUGAACCCUUUUCUUUUGGGAAUGGGAUUGCAGGGCCAACAGCCCCUGAAUGCAGUACAAGAAGGUAGUUUGUCCAAUGAACUAAAUGCAGAAAACCGUAAUCUGCAACAAUCGAGGUUUAAUACUGGCAACUUGGAAACUUCCCAAAAAUUUAACAUAGGUGCAUCUUCUAGUCGUGGGAGAAGACCAUACUAUCGAGGCGGUGGGCGAUUUGGUGGUAGAAGAGGUCAGCAGCAACCCAAAUGAAAAUUUUACUACUGGAGAUUGAGUGUAUUUGUUGGCCCUCAAAUUUUAGCCUAUGUGCUCUUUGCUCUGAUUUUCUUCUGUGUGCUUGCAGUGAUCCUAAAUAUCUGGUUUUAAAUAUGUAUUUGAUCUUGAUUAUUAUGUUGCAGAGACAGCCUCCUACCGAAUGGGUCAUGUAAUUCUAAAUAUUAGAUAGGGUAAAAUGUCAAUUUGGUCUCUCAACUUUUAAAUUUUAUUAAAGUUGUCCCUCAACU